AUGAGUAAAGAUGUACAAGCCUGUGAAUCUGGUCAAAGCGAGAAUGGCGGAUCAUGUUACUACUUCUCAGGAGAGAAAACAAGCUUCUCCUCAUCAGUAUCAGCCUGUGAGCAUCUGGGUAUGCAUCUCGUCUACAUAGGAUCCCAAGAUGAACAGACCUUCCUGGAGAAUAGCCUCAAAGAUACCAGCGAGAAGCACUGGAUAGGUCUGUCCCCAUUCACCUGGAUGGACCAUACACACUUGACCUACAAUAACUUUCCAGAGAAUAACAUUUAUACUUUUAAUGAUGGUGCAAUCUGUUUCCGAAUGUCUAAAGGGGAUUCAUGGAUUGACACAAACUGCGCCCAUUUGCACUUUUUCAUUUGUGAAAAGGAAACUGACAGUGAAGCCUGUGCCGAGAAUACUCAAAUCAAGAUGGAAGGGUCGUGCUAUUACUUCUUAGGAAACGAGUCAGACUUCGACUCAUCCGCGACAGCCUGUGAGGAACUAGGAAUGCACCUAGUCUACAUCGGAUCGGCAGACGAGCAGAAAUUUCUGAAGGAGAACCUACCCCUUGGAAACCAGUAUUGGAUCGGAAUGGCCCCAGUCACCUGGUUGGAUGGCUCGGGCCUGACUUACUCCAACUUUGCCGAUCAUAAGGACACCUUCAAGCGUAACGGAACGUGUUUCAAUAUAGAUCCAGGAAAGUCUUAUCAAUGGUUGGAUGAUGACUGUUCCGAUGGCCAUAGUCACAGGUACAUCUGUGAGAAAGAAGAAAUUCAGUCAACCUCUACACAGCAGACAACACCAAUAACCACCAGUACCCCUGCAAGUACUACCCUAAACACUACUACAACUCACCAAACAAUGUCAUCAAGAGUGCCAACUUCCACCAACGGAUCGACCAAGAGUAGUUCAACGCAAUUUGUAGUAACCAGUGAGGCGGGGCAAGGGUCAACUCAUUCCUUUCUUUCAACUGAUGCAAUUCCGGAAACAGCGGCGACACUUACAACAGAGGCAGCAGCAACAGGUACCUGUCAAUCUCUGGUCAUAGGUCGUGACGGUGGCCGCAAGGGCUACAAAAAAUUCCAACCACUUGCCCGGAACGUUGCCCUAACCGUUGGCUAUGUUCUGUCAUCAUACACGGGUUCAUCCCUUAUCGAAUGCAGCCAGUUCUGCCUUGCUGAUCAACGUUGCUCCUGUUAUACUUUCGUCGCCGAAGAGGGCGUUUGUCAGCUUGGUCAGGAUUGCCCGAAAUUGUCGAUACAUGCUUGGAAAAAACAGCAAGGAGCCAUCGCCUAUUCAGAACUCAAAGAAGGCCGCGGAUGUUUCUAGGUCAGUGGGUCUUGUGGCCAGUCAAAGUGCACUUUUGAACAGGAAACGGAAUGAUGCAUGAAGCCCAUAUUUUGGCGGCUCUGUGAACUUUACGGAAAAUGCCCCCCCCCCCUCAAGGCACACAUAGGUGCUUUAAAUGCAUGUUGAAUUAUCUUUUUUCAUAAUCACAUGGGGAAAAAGGCAAUCGAAGACCACUUAAAUAAUAUGUUCAUGAAAAAAUAUCUGUUGUAAUACCACUUUUGAAAAGAAUAAAUGUGACUAGAAAGCAUAGACUUUUAAGCACUUUGGGAUUUCAAUUUAAGUACUUUCAAGUACUUUUUGUAGUAAAGAGCAGGAUGGGCAUCUAUCUCAACAUUUUAUGCAAGCGCAAAGUGUGAGCUGAAAAAUUUUGAAUUUGC